CUCCUCCUCUCCUGUGAUUCUGUGGGCGGAGACUCCAACAUACCGCUACAAAUUCACAUCUGGACCAUCUGCACUCACCUCCUCUCACUUUUGCGACUGUCCUGACAAGAAGCUGCGAAAAGUAAAGAUGACAAGCUACACUGACAAAGGUGAAAAGCACGAGCAGGGCAGGUUCGUCUGCUUUGACCACAUCACUUUCUGGGUUGGAAAUGCCAAACAGGCAGCAUCCUUUUAUUGUACUAAACUGGGUUUUGAACCCUUGGCGUAUUGUGGGUUGGAGACAGGCAGCCGUGAUGUGGUGUCUCACGUGGUGAAACAGGGCAAGAUUAUUUAUGUCUUCUCCUCUGCAUUGAACCCUGGCAAUAAAGAGUUGGGUGAACACCUGGUGAAGCAUGGGGAUGGUGUUAAAGAUGUAGCCUUUACUGUAGAGAACUGUGACUUUCUGGUGGAGAAAGCUAGAGAGAGGGGUGCUAUUAUUGUUCAGGAGCCCCGUGUUGUGGAGGAUAAGUUUGGCAAAGUGAAACUGGCAGUGCUGCAAACAUAUGGUGAUACCACUCACACUUUGGUGGAGAGGGCAGGGUAUAAUGGGCUCUUCCUCCCCGGAUACCACCCUCCUUUGUUCUGUGACCCUUCCCUGGCAAAAAUGCCGAGCGGCAAACUCGACUUCAUUGACCAUGUGGUUGGAAACCAGCCAGACAAUGAGAUGGUGUCAAUAGUAGAAUGGUAUCAGAGAAACUUGCUGUUUCACAGAUUCUGGUCUGUGGAUGAUAAGCAGUUACAGACUGAAUACAGUGCGCUGCGGUCCAUAGUAGUGGCCAACUAUGAAGAAAGCGUUAAAAUGCCAAUCAAUGAACCGGCCAUGGGAAAGCGCAAGUCUCAAAUCCAGGAAUAUGUGGAGUACUAUGGUGGCCCAGGCGUUCAACAUAUCGCUAUGAACACCUCUGACAUCAUUACAGCAAUCCGUAACCUAAAGGAACGUGGCAUGGAGUUUAUGACUGUGCCCGAUACUUACUACAAGCAGCUCACAGAGAAGCUGAAGGAGUCCAAGGUCAAAAUUUCAGAAGAUAUGAGCAUACUGGAGGAACUUAAAAUCUUGGUGGAUUAUGAUGACAAUGGCUACCUGCUCCAGAUCUUCACGAAACCCAUACAAGAUAGGCCAACUGUAUUUUUAGAGGUCAUCCAGAGACACAACCAUCAAGGGUUUGGUGCUGGAAAUUUCAAAUCUUUGUUUGAAGCAAUUGAAGCUGACCAGAAUGCCAGAGGAAAUCUCACUGUACUUAAUCCUAAUGGGACAUUACAGAACCUCUGAAGUCUUUACACGUUACACAGAAAAAGGAUGCGAAAUAAACUUUGAACUUCAAAAACUGUGUAUACGCAAGCAAUGUGUCUAAAGACAAAUAAAUAGUUGUAAUGCGAUAAAGGUCUGCUUUUAAACAUCUACUUAUUAACAUUCAAUAUCAUAUGUGCUUGUCUGUUGUUUUGAUGGCUGUGAGAAAGUCUCAACGACAAUGCAUUCAUUAUUUUGGGCCGUUUUUGAAAGUAUGUAAUCUAAGUAACGUUACAUAGCAUAUUUUUUUUCUAUAAACGUUAUGUUUUAAUUUCUUUUCACGUCCAAGAAAGUGGUGGAAAGUAGAAGGCUCACCGGUGGUGGAAAGUAGAACGAUCACCGGUGAUCGCCACGAGAUGCAUGCCGGUUAGAAAAGUGUCCGAGUUACAACAGACUUGCUCUGAUCGGUUUGAUGUCACACUGACGUGUGCCAAAAAACUCCCGCAAUGGCGAGGCAGGCUCGUCGGAUUCUGCAAGAUACAAACUGUAACAUUGUAUCUUACAAGGUAACAUGUAACCUUGCUCCCUUUUGAAAUGUGUCCCCACAAUAAGUCUUUGAGUUUGAGCGUAUUGGACCUGAAAAGUCUUUGAAAUGUAUUGAAUUUGAAUUUGAAGUUAACCAAUGUGUGGGAACCCUGUACAUUACCUGGUAGACAGAAAAUAACACUUUGUUGC